AUGAUCACACCUACAUUCAAAGUAGAUCAAGACGAGAAUUCAGUUAUUAUUGUCAUUGACACACCUUAUGUUCGAGCUCAAGACGUUGAUCUUUAUGUUGAAAGAACAGAGUUUCGCUUCUAUCUUCGUCCUUAUUUCUUAAGACUUCAUUUCCCCGCCAAUAUUGUUGAGGACGACGAUUCAAAAGCAUCCUACGACCCUUCCGCUGGUCAAUUUACUAUUCGCGUUACUAAGGAAACCAAAGGCCAACACUUUGCAGACCUUGAUUUACUAACAAAGCUAUUAGCCAGAACAGGCGAAUCAUCCGCUAAGACUAAAGAGCCAAAAAAACCAUUGAUUGAAGUAGUCAGUAGCAGCAAUGAAGAACAACAAGCGCCUUUGGAAGAUACAGAAAUUCAAGAUGCCAUCGAUUUUAAUUGGGAAUUGCCACAAGAACUUCCUUCAGCAGACAGUGAGUUGAAUCUGAAUGCACAUUACGGGUUCAACAAUCAAUACAAUGGAUAUUUUAAGCAUGUACAAGAGACAUUAAACGAAAUCAAUGAGAUUCAUGAACCUGAAAAAUCAACGGCAGAAAGUCGACGUAAAGAACGCAUUGAAAUCGAAAAUGCUUGUUUUAAUGAAGAUCACUACUGCAUGGACUAUGUGAACGAUGAAGAAAUCAAAGAAUUGAUAAAGUACAAAACAAUAUACUCUAAAGAACUCAAGCGUAUUCAAAAGAAUAAAUCUUUAUUGAAAUUCACGAGUAAAGAAGAGAGCAUGAUGCGUGAUCUGCCUAACAAAGAAUAUCUUUUGUCCUCCGAAAAAAGCACUUAUCUCGGUCUUGUGGAUCUCUUGUUUGCUUAUAGUUAUAAUCUUCGAGUGACAGAAGGAGAUAAUAAUGUGGAAUCUGUCUGGUGCACUGGUAAAAUUAGUCCUACAUUAUCAUCCUUAGAGGUUUGUUGCUGA